UUUCUAAUUUGUCUAUUUAUGUGCAGAUACAAAAUUCCAAUUUUUCGUAGUUGCCUUAGGAAUGUCAUUAACAUGAGUGGAAAUACAACACUUCAGUUUGUUCCUUUUGCGAGUUCUGUCAACUCGGGAUUCUGGAGCAAGUUAAGUGAGAACAAAUUAAACCUGUACAAGCUGGAUGACUCGAGAAAACCUGUCGCAGGUUUUUACACGAAUUCUGAUGUUGAAGGUCUCCCAUGCAGACAUAGUGUGGAGUACUCUGCUUUUGAUAACACCACACAACCGCCCCCUUUGUGUUUCGCAUCUACAGGUGGAUUAUACAAUAAAAACACAAUUGAAGACUUUAAAGUUUGUGACAAAAAUGCACUCUUAAACAAAGAAGGUGAUUUGCUUUGGGAAGCCAUUGUUAGCAGAAAAGCAAUUAAACACCCCCAUUUACUGUCACGGUUCUUUGUUCUAAGUUUUUCUGAUUUGAAAAAGUUCAAAUUCACAUAUUGGUUUUCAUUUCCUGCAUUUAUUCACUCUUCUCCAAUAUCAGUAUCAUCAUGCGCUCCUAUCUCUGCCACUGCUAGCAAUGAGUUUAUCACUAACUUAAUAAAAUCCAUUGACUGUUUUUGCACAGAGCAAGGCAGCCUUCCUGGAUUCUUCCUCAUCUCAACCUCCAAUACAUUUGGUUCAGAUGAAGAUAUAACGUCACACACCUUGAGUGAGUUUAAUUCCCUUGUUAACCAGAAUCGAAAAAUCACUUUUGCCUUUUCUGAUCCAUCAACACUAUCUGAUUACCCUGGAUGGCCACUUCGGAACUAUUUAACAUGCAUUGCUUAUCACUGGGCGGAAAAACUUAAGGGGGAAGUUAAUGUUCUAUGUUAUCGUGACCGAACACAAAUGGGGAAAAGAAAUGCAACCCAUAGCCUUGUUUUACGAGUUCAUAUUGAUUCAGUUACUGAACGCCCUGCUGGCUUGACAGGUUGGGAAAAGAAUCGAAAAAACAAGCUGGGUCCUCGUGCUGUAGAUUUAGGAGAAAGCAUGGACCCAGAGAAGCUAGCAGAAUCUUCAGUCGAUUUAAACUUGAAGUUAAUGAAAUGGCGACUGAUGCCAGCAUUGGACCUGGACAAAAUUUCAUCAUGUAAGUGUCUUCUUCUUGGCUCAGGGACACUGGGUUGUAAUGUGGCGAGAGGUUUGUUAGGUUGGGGUGUUAAAAAUAUCACUCUGGUUGAUAAUGGAAAGGUGUCUUUCUCAAAUCCUGUUCGGCAAACUUUGUUUGAAUUCUCUGAUUGUAGCACCGCUGGUGGAAGACCUAAAGCAAUUGCAGCAGCUGAAAGGUUGAAAAAAAUAUUCCCCGGAGUUAAUUCACACGGCAUUGAACUCUCAAUUCCUAUGCCUGGUCACCCUGUUCAUAAAAGUGAUGAACUAAUUGAAAAAGUAAAGUCUGAAGUGGCGACAUUAGAAAGUUUGAUUGACAGUCAUGAUGUUGUGUUUCUUCUAAUGGACACCAGGGAAAGUAGGUGGUUACCAACUUUAAUUGCAGCUGCAAAAACUAAACUUGUAAUCAAUGCAGCACUGGGUUUUGACUCUUACUUAGUUAUGAGGCAUGGUGUUAUCUCAAAGGAAUCCACAAUAAAACUCGGCUGUUAUUUUUGUAAUGAUGUUGUAGCUCCUGGUAAUUCUGUGCAUGACCGUACUUUAGACCAGCAAUGCACGGUAUCUAGACCUGGUGUUUCAAUGAUAGCAGCCGCACUUGCGGUGGAACUGAUGGCUUCCAUUCUCCAACAUCCGUCUGGAUCACUCGCAGCUCCAGAGCCGGGAUCUCACUCCAUCCCACCAUCUGUUCUCGGUCCUGUACCGCAUCAAAUUCGUGGUUUUAUGUCAAGCAACCAAGUUAUCUACCCUACUGCUCAAUGCUUUAGUAAGUGCACUGGUUGUUCGAAAACUGUAAUAGAUGCGUACCUUGCCCAUGGGUUUAACUUUUUACUGGACGUUUUCAAUUCUCCUGCAACAUAUUUGGAAGAUAUAACUGGUUUGACGCAGCUACACCUAGAAACUGCUGCUGCGGAAGCAGAUGUCUUAGAGUUUAGUGAUAAUGAAAGUGUAUGAUCAUUUUUUGUAGAGAAAGAAUGUAUGAUAAAGAUAUUAUCUGAUACCCCUGGACCUACCUACCAACUUGUUGAUAAAUAUAUAACAGCUGAGUGGUAAAUACAUACCCCACUUGUUAAUUGCUUGCAUCACAAGAAAAUGACAAAUGUGUAAAAUAGAUUCACCAAACAAAAUUAUUGAAAAUAUUAACUAAAUUGGUUACAUUUUGUCAAAGUUUAUUAUUUAAUUAUUGUCGCUCGUUCUUCAUCGUAUUAUUUACAAGUUUUAAGAUUUUUGUGCAAUUGUUUUUUGUGAAAUGCUUGCAGUUUGUUCACCGUGAAAUAAUAUUAUAAUUGAAGUUUAUAAAGCAUAAGAAUAUUGUUGGUAUUUGAUUCACAG